GUAUGCCGCUGGCUUUAGGCGCUGCUCGAUAAGCCGGGCGUGAUCGCAGGAAACGUCAAACAUACAGCCGAGAUGUCGAGAAACGACGGUAAAAAGGAUACUUCGGCAUCCGCAUUUCGGAAAAUCGACGUGGACCAAUAUAGCGACAACAAUUUUAAAGAGGAAGACGCUGACGGUGGUAUAGGCGCACCCACUGGCCCGGACGAGAACGAAAUUCUAACACUUCUUAGCCAGGGUAAGAACGCGGAGGCAUUGAUAUCUGUAUUAAAGUCGGCACCGUUAGAAUGUAAAAACCAGCAAAUUAAGGACAGUGCACGAAACUUAACACAAAAGGUGCUCUUAAGUAUAAAAUCAAACCAAAUAGACGAUUGUUUAGCACAGUUAGAUCGUGACUUAGUGGAUGUUCUAAUGAAAUAUAUUUACCGAGGUUUCGAGAUUCCAACAGAAGGCAGCAGUAGUCACUUGUUAAUUUGGCAUGAAAAAGUUUUCAACAUAAGUGGAGUUGGUUGUAUUGUCCGUGUAUUUUCUGACAGCAAACGGGCUUGAAGUUUUGUACAUUUUGCAGUAACACCUUCAUUGCAACAAUUACUAUUAAUUCUCACUGUUACUCAUUGUCAUUGUUAAUGCAAUGAGGAUGUAGAUAGGCAAGGCAUUCACAUUUUCCACAUGGGAAAACAACUUUUCAUGUGAAAAUAUAACAAGUUUGUGUACAUUUGUUAUCAAUAAAGUAAUUUUUAUUUCUUAUA